AUGGGGGAAACAGGUGCAUUAAUCGCAGAAACGGUCGCGGGCUCGCUUGGCGGCUUGACUUCUGGCGCGUGGUACGCGGCGGCUGCAGGGCGCGCGCUGCACGGGGUCGCGGCCGGUUGCGCGCGGGAGCUCGUGGGCUGGUGCAGGGCGGGACUCGGCUCGCGUGCGGGCGUCGCGGGCUUGCUCCUGAUUGCUGCGGCGUCGUGGCCUGGGUGCAGGGGGAGGGCGGCUCGGUGCAGGGCGCCGGGCACACUGGUGUCGCGCCGUCGGGGCGGCUCGGUCGCGUCGGGCGCGCUGGGCGCCGGUCGGCCUGGCUUGCUGCUUCUACUCGAUUUUCUCCAGGCCAUCGAUUUGUCUCUGCUCGCUCAAUCACAGGUGUUGGCUUCCUCUCGUAUCCACCGAUGUGGAAUUCUUGUUUAUCUCCACGCGUCCUUCUCUCUCGAAUAUUCAGCCGCCGCGCCCACCCCACGUCCGCUGCAAGCACACCGUGCUCCCUCCCCUGGCGCCCUAGUCCCCAACGCCGGAAAUGCCGCUGCUGCUGCUCCUGAACGCCAGUGCCGACCACCAUCUCCCAUAGUGCAGAGCUCCCGAUCCUCCUCUUGCCAGGGCGCCAUCGCUGAGCUCGCCCUGCCCCAGCCAUGGACGCCGUCGGGCCACCCGUCUCCUAUCUCCUCUCGCCCUCAUCCUCUGGCUGCUGCCCCUUCCUAUUCCUGGUGGCUGAGUCUUCUUCCAUGGAUGCUGGCCGUGCUGCCCUCUCUGGUGCUCACCUCUGCCCCCUGCGUUGGAUGGCCGGUUGCUCCUGCCCUAGAUUAUCCUCAUGCCCGGCCGCGGUACAACAGCAACAUCCAUGAAACCCCUUCGUGUCGUGCCCUCGAUGUGCUCGAUGAAAUACCGCAGCGAGCUCCGCCCCGAAUCUGCGCAACCCUGGCCUUGUUGUCGACCUCAGUAUGCUAGAUGAUUAUGUGAAUUGGAGGGCAUGGAUCAGGAUGGAUCACAAGGUGGCUUUGAUGAACCCAUCUCGAUAGGGACGACUUGAUCAAGUGUCAGGAUUGUUGAUGCUCACCAAGCGGACGUCAUCUAACCACACUAACCUAGUGUAUCCCAGGCAAGCCCCAGUGCAUUUGCCACCUCCUUGUUGUUAUAAAAUUUUUAUCACUUAUAUGCUGCAUUAGGUGAUAGGAGUUGAGUGAUGAAACACUUGAUGCAUUGCCAUUCCUUGGAAUUUGAUUACCUUCCUUGCUACCUGUUUUACAAAGAGAACUAAUGAGACUUAGCUCUGCUUAGAAAAACUAAAAGUUGUUUCUUUUAAAAAAGAAUGAUGUGGAACACUGUUAUGGGCUUUUUGUUUAAAAAUCAAAGCAAACUUAUAGUGAUGAUUCCCCUUCGGCCGAAGUGGGUUCAUCAUUCGAAAAGAGUACCCCUGUCGGGUACCAAAAAUGGGAAAAUGGUUGGAAUAAAUCUAGACCAGACGCUGAGCAGGAAAGGUCGCCCGUCUGUGUCGUUUAAGGACCGCACCGAAAGUAGGCUUGCUGAUCUAGGACCCUUUAACUGGCCACAUGCCUCAUCAUGGGUAAGCUUAGCCUCGGUCGAACCAAUACCAGAAUAGCUCGCACGCACUGGGAGCGGAGAGAUGGCGAGAGUAACAUGUGCCCACCUGGCAAGUGGUUGGAUGGUGGGGUGCUGUGCUCUCGGGUCGCGUGAACCCGUUCUGGUCUUGAGAAACCCGUGGGCGAGUUGACAUAUGCAAGGGUUAAGUGCUACAUAUGUCGUGUGGUUGGAGA